UUCCCACAAUGCUCUGGGGCGUGCCGCCGCCGUCGCCGCCGCCUCCGCUGCCGCUAGUGGAAGAAGAUGGCGGAAGGCGGAGCGGCGGAUCUGGACAUCCAGAGGUCUGACAUCGCGACUCUGCUCAAAACCUCGCUCCGGAAAGGGGACACCUGGUAUUUAGUUGAUAGUCGCUGGUUCAAACAGUGGAAGAAAUAUGUUGGCUUUGAUAGUUGGGACAAAUACCAGAUGGGAGAUCAAAAUGUAUAUCCUGGACCCAUUGAUAACUCUGGACUUCUCAAAGAUGGUGAUGCCCAGUCACUUAAGGAGCAUCUUAUUGAUGAAUUGGAUUACAUACUAUUGCCAACUGAAGGCUGGAAUAAACUCGUCAGCUGGUACACAUUGAUGGAAGGUCAGGAACCAAUAGCACGAAAGGUGGUUGAACAGGGUAUGUUUGUAAAGCACUGCAAAGUAGAAGUAUAUCUCACAGAAUUGAAGCUCUGUGAAAAUGGAAACAUGAACAAUGUUGUAACACGAAGAUUUAGCAAAGCUGACACAAUAGAUACAAUUGAAAAGGAAAUAAGAAAAAUCUUCAAUAUUCCAGAUGAAAAGGAGACCAGAUUGUGGAACAAAUACAUGAGUAACACGUUUGAACCACUGAAUAAACCAGACAGCACCAUUCAGGAUGCUGGCUUAUACCAAGGACAGGUGUUAGUGAUAGAACAGAAAAAUGAAGACGGAACGUGGCCAAGAGGUCCUUCUGCUCCUAAGUCCCCAGGUGCAUCCAAUUUUUCAACUUUACCAAAGAUCUCUCCUUCAUCUCUAUCAAAUAAUUAUAACAACAUCAACAACAGAAAUGUGAAAAACUCAAAUUAUUGUCUCCCAUCAUAUACUGCUUAUAAGAACUAUGAUUAUUCAGAACCUGGAAGAAACAAUGAACAGCCAGGCCUCUGUGGCCUAAGUAACUUGGGAAAUACGUGUUUCAUGAACUCAGCUAUUCAGUGUUUGAGCAACACACCUCCACUUACUGAGUAUUUCCUAAAUGAUAAGUAUCAAGAAGAACUGAAUUUUGACAAUCCCUUAGGAAUGAGAGGUGAAAUAGCUAAAUCUUAUGCUGAAUUGAUCAAGCAAAUGUGGUCUGGGAAAUUUAGCUACGUCACACCAAGAGCCUUUAAGACACAGGUAGGACGUUUUGCACCUCAGUUCUCUGGAUACCAGCAGCAGGACUGCCAGGAGCUAUUAGCUUUCCUGUUAGAUGGACUACAUGAAGAUUUGAAUAGAAUUAGGAAAAAACCAUAUAUACAAUUAAAAGAUGCUGAUGGAAGGCCCGAUAAGGUAGUUGCUGAAGAAGCCUGGGAAAACCAUUUAAAAAGAAAUGAUUCUAUCAUAGUAGAUAUAUUUCAUGGCCUUUUCAAAUCAACUUUAGUUUGUCCUGAAUGUGCUAAGAUUUCAGUGACGUUUGAUCCUUUUUGUUACUUGACACUUCCAUUGCCCAUGAAAAAAGAACGUACCUUGGAAGUUUAUUUAGUUAGAAUGGAUCCACUUACCAAACCUAUGCAGUACAAAGUGGUUGUCCCCAAAAUUGGAAACAUACUUGAUCUUUGUACUGCAUUAUCUGCUUUGUCAGGAGUACCUGCAGAUAAGAUGAUAGUUACUGAUAUAUACAAUCAUAGAUUUCACAGAAUAUUCGCUAUGGAUGAAAACCUUACUAGUAUUAUGGAACGGGAUGAUAUUUAUGUGUUUGAAAUUAACAUCAAUAGGACAGAAGAUACAGAGCAUGUGGUUAUUCCUGUUUGCCUAAGAGAAAAAUUUAGACACUCAAGUUACACCCACCAUACUGGUUCUUCACUUUUCGGUCAGCCUUUUCUUAUGGCUGUACCACGGAACAAUACUGAAGAUAAACUCUAUAAUCUCCUGCUUUUGAGAAUGUGCCGAUAUGUCAAAAUAUCUACUGAAACCGAAGAAACUGAAGGAUCCCUACACUGCUGUAAGGACCAAAAUAUUAAUGGGAAUGGCCCGAAUGGCAUACACGAAGAAGGCUCGCCAAGUGAAAUGGAAACAGACGAACCAGAUGAUGAAUCCAGUCAGGAUCAAGAACUUCCCUCCGAGAAUGAAAACAGUCAGUCUGAAGAUUCAGUUGGAGGAGAUAAUGACUCUGAAAAUGGAUUAUGUACUGAGGACACUUGCAAAGGUCAACUCACGGGACACAAGAAACGAUUGUUUACAUUCCAGUUCAACAACUUAGGCAAUACUGAUAUCAACUACAUCAAAGACGAUACCAGGCAUAUAAGAUUUGAUGAUAGGCAGCUUAGGCUAGAUGAAAGAUCUUUUCUUGCUUUGGAUUGGGAUCCAGAUUUGAAAAAAAGAUACUUUGAUGAAAAUGCCGCUGAGGAUUUUGAAAAACAUGAAAGUGUGGAAUAUAAACCUCCUAAAAAACCCUUUGUGAAAUUAAAAGAUUGCAUUGAGCUUUUUACAACAAAAGAAAAGCUAGGUGCUGAAGAUCCCUGGUAUUGUCCAAAUUGUAAAGAACAUCAGCAAGCCACAAAGAAGUUGGAUUUGUGGUCCCUGCCUCCAGUGCUUGUGGUACAUCUCAAGCGAUUUUCUUACAGUAGAUACAUGAGAGACAAGUUGGAUACUUUAGUUGACUUUCCUAUCAAUGACUUGGACAUGUCAGAAUUCCUGAUUAAUCCAAAUGCAGGUCCUUGCCGCUAUAAUUUGAUUGCUGUUUCCAACCACUAUGGAGGGAUGGGAGGAGGACACUAUACUGCUUUUGCAAAAAAUAAAGAUGAUGGAAAAUGGUACUACUUUGAUGACAGUAGUGUCUCAACUGCAUCUGAAGACCAGAUUGUGUCCAAAGCAGCGUAUGUACUCUUCUACCAGAGACAAGACACUUUCAGUGGAACUGGCUUUUUUCCUCUUGACCGAGAAACUAAAGGUGCUUCAGCUGCCACAGGCAUCCCAUUAGAAAGUGAUGAAGAUAGCAAUGAUAAUGACAAUGAUAUAGAAAACGAAAACUGUAUGCACACUAACUAAUGAAAGUCCUAGAAGCCAUAAAAGAGAGACUUUCCUGCUGGUGGUAUCUAUUGAAAUGAUGAAGUUACCCACCACAUUAAACAGAAAUCUGAGAUGGGGAGUUUCAGAUAAGCGAAUGUAAAUCCUUUAUCAGAUUUUAACUUGUGCAGUACUUGAAGUGAAACACAAUGAAAACUUUAACAGAAAUUGUCUCUUAAUACAUUUACAGUCUUGUAUUUACAAGCUAAAUAUAUAUAGGAAAUCACAAAUAAAUCCCUUUUAAGUUUG